UUAUUAAUAGAUUGAGAUUGACAUUAAAAAUCUGCCUAUAUAUACCACUAAACUCCCUUUGCUAAACAUGAAUACUCAAUCAACUUGAUUCCAAAACCGCUAGACGUCCAGACAUUUUGUUUGAUUAUAUCGAAUGGUGCAUGCAAUAAUGUUGUGUCUUCCUCCUCGUAUAUGUUUACAACGUAGGACUACGGUUUGUUUCGUUGUUGCUGUUCUUCUGUUGUUGUUUGCCUCCGCCGGCGAAGCAAAGAUGAAGCUACCUGACGGCGCGGUUGUACCGGCGAUUAUAGGACUCGGGGAUUCCAUCAUCGAUCAAGGCAUGAACAACUAUAUCGCCACGGUGGUUAAGUGCGACUUCCCGCCGUAUGGGCAGGACUUCACCGCCGCCGGCCGAAUGCCCACCGGCCGCUUUUGCAACGGCAAGACCCCUCCUGAUCUAAUAGCGGAAGAACUAGGAAUCAAGGAGCUUGUGCCGGCAUAUCUGGACCCAAAUUUGAAACCCGAAGAUCUGAAAACGGGCGUGAGCUUUGCAUCCGGAGCCUGUGGAUACGACCCUGAAACAGCGGCAAUUACAUCAGUUAUACCGCUAUCGCAACAACUGAACUAUUUGAAGGAGUAUCUGGGAAAGCUGAAAACUGCGUACGGAGAAAACGAAACAAAGUUCAUAACAGACAACGCCAUAUUCUUUGUGGUCGCCGGCAGCGAUGAUCUCGCCAACACCUACUUCACCGUCGGACUCCGACGAUUGCAGUACGACAUUAACUCCUACACUGAUCUUGUGGUCGAGGGUGCAUCCACCUUCAUUCAAGAAUUAUACGAGGUGGGAGCUCGUAGGAUUGGGGUUUUCGGGCUGCCACCGAUAGGGUGUGUGCCAUCACAGAGAACAUUGGGAGGAGGCCCAGGAAGAAGUUGUUCAGAGAAAGCCAAUGAAGCAGCAAAGCUGGUGAAUUCUAAGCUGUCAGCCCAGAUUGAUUCCCUGUCAAAGACAUUACCAAAUUCUAAACUGGUUUUAAUAGACAUCUACGAACCGCUUCUUCGUCUCAUCCAAAACCCUAAGCAAUAUGGUUUCGAGGUAGUUGAUAGAGGGUGCUGUGGAACAGGGAAGAUAGAAGUUUCGAUUUUAUGUAAUAAAUUCUCGGAAACAUGUCCAGAUCACGACAAGUAUUUGUUUUGGGACAGCUACCAUCCCACGGAGAAAGGUUACAGGAUCCUUGUAAACCAGGUCCUGCAAAAAUACAUAAACCUCCUUUUGUAGGUCUACAGACACGGGUCUCACAGGCAACUCAGUAGUACAUAUGGUUGAAUCUUGUUAUUUAUAGUGU